AUGGAUAAAGAAAAAUCUCCGGCACCUGGUGGAGGUCUCCCUCCUCCAUCUCCUUCAGGUCGGAGCUCGGCAUUCUCAGACUCUUCUGGUCCAAUUGGUCAUGGAUCAGAUGCUAACCGGUUGAGCCACGAUAUGAGCCGUAUGCUCGAUAACCCACCCAAGAAGAUUGGACACCGACGAGCUCAUUCCGAAAUCCUCACUCUCCCUGAUGAUUUGAGCUUCGAUAGUGAUCUUGGUGUGGUUGGUACUGCUGCUGAUGGAGCUUCUUUCUCUGAUGAGACUGAAGAGGACUUAAUGUCUAUGUAUCUCGAUCUGGAUAAGUUUAAUUCUUCCGCUACAUCUUCGGCUCAAGUAGGUGGUGGUGAGCCUUCAGGAUCAGGAGCUGCUUGGAAUAAAGGCUCAGCUUCUAAUCCUCAGAAUGCGCUCAGUGGUUUUGGGGAGAGGCCAAGAGUUAGGCACCAGCACAGUCAGUCUAUGGAUGGUUCGAUGAACAUUAAUCCUGAUAUGCUUAUGUCUGGGAAUGAGGAUGAUUCUGUUGUUGAUGCUAAGAAAUCCAUGUCUGCUACUAAACUUGCUGAGCUUGCUCUCAUUGAUCCUAAACGUGCUAAGAGGAUAUGGGCAAACAGGCAGUCAGCGGCAAGGUCAAAAGAAAGGAAGACGAGAUACAUAUUUGAGCUUGAGAGAAAAGUACAGACUUUGCAAACGGAAGCUACCACUCUCUCAGCUCAGUUGACUCUCUUACAGAGAGACACAAAUGGCUUGACAGUUGAAAACAAUGAGCUGAAACUGCGGUUACAAACGAUGGAGCAGCAAGUUCACUUGCAGGAUGAACUAAACGAAGCACUUAAGGAGGAAAUCCAGCAUCUGAAGGUGUUGACUGGACAAGUAGCUCCAAACGGUGCAUCAGGGAUGAGCUAUGGGUCGUAUGGAUCAAACCAGCAAUUCUAUUCCAACAAUCAGUCAAUGCAAACAAUCCUAGCUGCAAAAAAGUUUCAGCAGCUUCAGAUUCAUUCACAGAAACAGCAACAACAACAACAGCAGCAGCAGUUUCAGUAUCAACAGCAACAACAGCUGCAACAGCUUCUACAUCAUCGACUUCAACAGCAGGAGCAACAAAAUGGUAUUGCGGAGAUGAGAAAACAGAAGCCGUCUCAAGGCCAGAAUGAGAGCUAA